UCCCCCCCCCCCGCCGCCUCCUGCGCUCGCCUCGCCGUCCGGGCCCCGCGAGCCAUGGUGCCGGGGUUGCCUCCCGCGGGCUGCAGCCUAUGGGCCAGCUGCGCCUGAGCGGCGGCGCCCGCCUGCCCCCGAUGCCCCCGGCGCCCCUGCCGCCGCCGCUGCUUCCCCCGCCGGGGCGGAGGAGGCUGCUCGCGCUGCUGCUCUUCGCCAUGCUCGCCUUGUGGCUCUGCGUGCUCUAUUCGUGCGCCGCCGGGGCUUGCGCCUCCGCCGCGCCGGGUCUGCUGCUGCUGCGCGGCUCGGCGCCUCCUGCCCGGCGGGCGCACAACCCCGCGGCGCUCUCCAAGCUGCUGCUGCUGCGGGCGCCGGGCUCCAAGGGCCAGCUGAGCCCCGAGCAGGAGAACAACGACGAGGACGAUGACGAGGACGACGACGGGGGGAAUAACAACAGCAACGGCGGCGCUGCCGCGGAUUCUCCUCUCAGCCCCAUCUCCAGCUUCCUCAACGGCUCCGGCACCAAGCGGCUGCCCCAGGCGGUGAUCAUCGGCGUGAAGAAGGGCGGCACUAGGGCGCUGCUCGAGUUCCUGCGGGUGCACCCCGACGUGAGGGCCGUGGGCGCCGAGCCCCACUUCUUCGACCGCAACUACGAGCGGGGACUCACCUGGUACAGGGAUUUGAUGCCAAGAACUCUCGAUGGGCAGAUCACCAUGGAGAAAACUCCCAGCUACUUUGUCACCAAGGAAGCCCCGGCUCGCAUCUCUGCCAUGUCGAAGGGCACCAAGCUCAUUGUGGUGGUGAGAGACCCGGUCACCAGAGCCAUUUCUGACUACACGCAAACUCUGUCCAAGAAGCCUGACAUCCCCACCUUUGAGAGCCUGACCUUCAAAAACAGGACUACGGGCCUCAUUGAUACCUCCUGGAGUGCCAUCCAGAUUGGCAUUUACGCCAAGCACCUGGAAAACUGGCUCCUGUACUUUCCCAUUGGGCAGAUCCUCUUUGUCAGUGGGGAGAGGCUAAUCAGUGAUCCGGCUGGUGAGUUAGGCCGAGUCCAGGACUUUCUGGGCCUCAAGAGGAUCAUCACGGACAAACACUUCUACUUCAACAAAACCAAGGGUUUCCCAUGCCUGAAAAAGGCUGAAGGCAGCAGCAAGCCCCACUGCUUGGGCAAAACCAAGGGGCGGACCCACCCCAACAUAGACCAGGAAGUGGUCCAGAGGCUGCGGGAAUUCUACAGGCCCUUCAACAUGAAGUUCUACCAGAUGACUGGACAUGACUUUGGCUGGGAUUGAUGGUUUAAUGCCGACGUUCUUGCCAGAGUUAAUCCCCUCAUUUCAGCUUGCUAUACCCCUUAUAUAUGUAGAUAGGUCUAUAUGUAAAAUGUACAGAAAUCUAUUUUAUAAUAAUUUAUUUUUAAUUCUUAAGCAAUUAAUUCACUAAGCUGCCUAACCACACUGUAGCAGCCCAUAGCUGUGUUUUUAACAUUCCACAGUGCUGAAUCCUUACUCUGCUCUUUCUCUUUUUUGUAGCCUGGUUCAGUUUGUGCUGGAAAGUGCUUCCAAGUAUCUUCUAUGAGAAAAAUUAAUAUAAAAAGAAAGGUUGGUGGGUAAGGGAGAAAGAAUUUUUAAAAGCACAAUUUUUAUUUUCCAAUACGGGUACUAGGCAUUUUGAAACACUUUUGUGAAAGGCCCUCCAGCUAGCAUAUUUUGCCUUCCCUCUUCCAGAUCAACCCACUUGCAACUGAGUUUUUGGUUGGCUAUGAAAUUUCGUGGAACUCAAAGCAUUUAGGCCUAGCUUAAGCCUUUACAGGUGGGCAUGGCACGAGUGCAGAAGGAGAUUCUCUCCAGCCAUAUAGCUGCUGCUGCCUGUUUCUCAGAUAUGUUUUCCUGGAUGUGUACAACUCUCUCUCCUUGUAGAAAGCUUUGCUACAGUAGUUACUGAAUGUUCUACAGUUUUUCCUUCUGCUUUCUUGACCUUUAAGCAGAUUUCCUGGACUGACAACUAUGCAUAUUUGGUCCAGCUUUAACAUGUUCCUGCUGAAAAUGUGAAAUGCUUCCUUCGGGCACAAUUCAUACAGGGUGCUUCUUCUUCUUUUUUUAAAAAAGCUGGUCUUGCAGAAGAAGACCAUGCAGUCUGAACUUGUAUGGUGAACCACUCCCUGCUAUAACUGAAUGAUAGGCCUGAUUGCUGAUAGCCCUGCAGUCAGGGUGCUCUCAGAUUAGAACAUGCAGAGUUACAUGCCUCAUCAGCCUUUUUCUAAGAGAGUUAAUUAAAUCCCCCCCCUCCGCUGGUGCUGAGCUGAAAGUUUUGGACUUUCAUAUGGGGUCAAGUGGGAUGUGGGGGGAAGUAUGCACUUCAUUAAACCCUUGAGAGAGGGGUUGGAAAUGAUCAUGCAGGGACCAUAGACAGUCUGAACCUUGCCAAAGAAUUUCACCCCCCCCCCAAGACUAGCAAACAGCCUAUUCCUGCCGCUGCCCUCAAUCACAUUAUGCUAAGGUGAAUUGAAUGUAACAUCUUGGCACAUUUUAAUUGGACCUCCAGGAGAAUUGCUCCCAAUGUAGGUACUUCAUGGCAACUUGAGAAGGUUGGGCAUGUCUGACUAAUGUUGCGGUGAGUGAGCUACCAUCUUGUAUUAAAACCUCUGUUCAGCUGCGCUCUUUCUCUCUUUCUCUUUCUGUGUGUGCUUCAGUUCUCAACACAUUCUUGAAGUGUCCCACAUUGGACACACCUUGAACAAUGUGGGCAUAACUGUCAGAUUUAUUUUGAGAAGUAACUGCAUAUGGAAUGUGGGAUUCCUCAGAGGGCUGUAUACAAUUUGUGUGUGCAUGAGCACAUGCACAUUAUUCUAAGGACGUAGACAUUCAUAUGAACGUUCAGCCUCUGUGUUGGCCAUCUUUGGACCUAUGAUGUUUACUAUCACCUGCUGGUGAGGCAGCACUCUAGGACAGGCUUCCCCAAUCUUGCACCCUCCAAAUUUUGUUGGUUGGCAACUCCCAUCACCCCUGACCAUUGGGCACCGUGGCUGGGGGGAUGACCGGAAUUCCAAAAACAUCUGGAGUACCAGAGGUUCCCCUUCCUGAUUUACAUGUUGAGCACUACAGAAGACAUUAAAUAGACCCCUUGCUAUAGAUCUCACUCCAUCCUUUACACCAGGGUUGGUCAGCAUGGUGUCCUCCAGAUGUUGCUGAACCACAACUCCCACAAUCCCAUGCUGGCUGAGGCUGAUGGGAGUGGGAUUUCAAAAAAACCUGGAGGAAUGCUACUAUAGAAAAAGUUGCUUGAACCCACCUUCUUCCUACUAAAGUGAGAUGCAACACAUGUGUCCUUAGCUUCCUCUUUCUGGACCCCCCCCCCCUAGAAUCUGUGACAUGCUUAUGUGAUAACCACGUUGUCAAGCCAUGCAGCUUCUCUUGCUCAAGGAAAUUGUAGUGGGUUUUUCUUUUAUAGCUCUCCUUUGUUUUCCAUUUCCAAACCUUUUUCUUAGUUGGACUGCAGAACUCAGUGCUUGGACUUUCUUCUUCUUCUCCUCUGAGUAGGUUUGUAGCCUGAUGCCUUCCUCUCCAUUGCACAAAUCAAAUUGGCAAAGUAGCUAUUGUAUCCACAGAACCUGUUCCGAAUGAUUUUAUGAAAUAAGUUGAGUGAUAACUCUGCCACUACUUCACCCUUCAGUAUCUUGAACUAAAUUGGCUGAGCAGACUAUAUAGCAGCAAUAUUAUGAAACCAGUUAAUUUAAAAGACCUUACCUACAUAUCAUGGUAAGCAUGGUGGACCUUGUACCAUAUGGCAUUUGAAACUGUUCAAGCUAGCUUCCAUACAUUAACUUUUUAAUGUUCACGAGAGGGUACACAGUCGAAACUCAGAGGUGUGGUUGGACUUGUUUCCCCCCACACGGUAACAUUAAUUUAUGGCUGAGUUCCAUUCAGCAGUACGUCCAGAUAUUAGCAAUAUUUUUGUGUGUGUGUUUGCUGUAACAUGAUACAUCUUAGACUAGUCUACUUGUAAAGGAAAGCAAAAUGGCAAGCAAAAACUGUAAAUUGAGUAUUUUGUGGUAUGUACAACACAAAUUAAUUUUACACAGAGGUUUCUAGGAAAAUGAAAUUUUGAUUCAUACUAUUUCUUUGUAUGAAGAAAUAAAAUAUAUUUUACCAAA